AUGCCAGGUGAGGCUCCGGCUGUGGCUGUGAAGCGGUCGAUCACGGUCCGGAAAAUUGCACCCAGGAAAACUCAGGCGCUGUGUGACGGUAACAAGGAGAAUGUGGAAAGAUUAUCUGAAGCAUCUGCGCCGAGCACAGCGGUCCUCUCGCCCAUCCUGCCUCCUCCGUCUCCGUCUCCGUCUGCGCAGCCCAAAGAACCGGAGCAGGACCCCGUUUGGCCCCAGAAAGUGCGGCGCUCCUACAGUCGCCUGAGUGUGGGGGACAGGUCCUGCGACAGCCCCAAAUCCCUUCCUGCACCGUCCACUUCUCCCAACACCCCAGAGACCCUGUUUGGGUUCGAGAGGCUUCAGACGCCAGAGGUGAUGCGUAAAGCCGAGGGACCUCGACCGGCUCCUCUGGGCUUCUCAGUGGGUUCCUUCAACAUCUCCGCUGCUGAGGACGGCGCGUCCAACCCUCCAGAGAUCGAUCCCAACAUCCCGGGGGUGUGUCUGGGGAAGAAGACGGCCAGGAGGAAGCGCGUACAGCAGAUAAAGACGUCGGAGCUGGACGCUCUUGCCGCGGAGAUGAAUGCAGAGUUUGAGGAAGCAGAAAGUUUUGACCUGUUUGUUGAAUAAAGAGCCGCACGCUCGGGACAUUUUCAGGACACGUCAUACUUCUCAUUAUUAUUCAUCACGUUUACGGCCCUCUGCUCGCUAAAUCUUACUCCACUGAAAGCUUGUUUUAAGAGUUUUGUUGCUCUGAUAUAGUUUGAUUUCCACAAUGCUACAAUCAUCAAUACAUCUUUGAAUGACAUUCAGAGAUUUCACAGAUGAAAAAACCUGUCGGUCUUUGUUUUUUGUUUUUCCGUAUUGGAUUGAUCAGUUUGGCUAAAAUCAUUUAGCCCAAAUCUCAUGGUAGAUGUUUUUUGUUUACUACACAACCGCAGAGGCCUAAUGUUUGAAUAAAUAGCGGUUUAGAGGAGUAGUAGCCUGUAGAGCUGAAAGUGUGCAUUCUGUUGUAAAAAUAAGAUCUGUAGACAUGAAGCAGUUAAACCAAGCUUUGCUGAUAUAUAUAUAUAUACAUUUAGCCUUAUUUAACAUUGUCUACUUUGUCUUGUCCUUUGUUGUGUGACGAGAAGGUAACUAUUUAUUGUUUUGUUUUCAUUAAAUUGAAGU